CUUUCAGUUCUUGCUUCAUUUUCUAUUGACUAAAGCUGCUAUAGCGAGCCUAACCUUAGUUUUAAAUAUGUUAAACAACACCUUGUCGCCAUCUAGCAUUAGCCAGAAAUUGUCUAUCUUGCCAAUUAUAUACCCUUUUUUUAUAUUUUUCUUAUAUCUUAUCCUGAGUUUUGUACUGUAACUUAAAACAACGCUUCAAAUAAAGAAAUAUAAUUUUAUUACUAGAAAGCUUAAUGUCCGUUCUUUAUAGCAGUCCGACUUGAAACAAAACCGUAUUCAAUGGCAGCUACCCCAUUGGUUGCAUGUAGCUUUUAACAAAAUAAUAACUUUAAAUAAUAAAUGCAAGCGGUGUAUUUUCUUGCUCACAAAUGGAUGGCGUACCUUGUCUUCGUGUGUCUCGUUGUCAGACACAGCAGUUCAGGGGAUAUCUCCAGUCCAGAGGGAUGUUGGACCAGCGUUUUAACUUGGUUAAACAUCCAGACGGGACAGUCCUUCUUCCCAUUUUAUCAUCCUGCCUCUCACAGCUGGAUCUGCUGUCUCUCAGCAACACUUUAGCUUCAGAUGUUUGUGACUUAACCUGGAGUCAGUCUCCACUGCAGUCGAAAAAAGAGAAGAGGAGGACAGGUGGAAAUAAAAUGGAGAGAACCCUUCAGGAUCUGUUGGAGUCUUUGGGUGAAAGGUGGAUGGUUGAGUUGAGGAGAGAUCUUCCUAGGAGUUUCCAGAGGCAUGGAGACCUCAUCCUGCUGGGUGACAACUGUUUUACCCUGCCACUAUGGAAGAAAAUAGGUGGUCAUUUAUGGGUUGCAGUUGCCGAAGUGUUGGGGGCAAAGCGGCUUGCAAAGAUGAGUCGAAUAUCCAAGGAUGGAUUUAGGUCUCCUGUAGUAACAAUGCUGUUAGGUGACAACAGCUGGGUCAAACAUGUGGACAAUGGCAUUAGCUAUGAGUUUGAUGUAACCAAGUGCAUGUUCUCAGCGGGGAACAUCACAGAGAAGCUCCGUGUGGCCGGAUUUGACUGCAGAGGAGAGACAGUAGUUGACUUAUAUGCAGGUAUUGGAUACUUUACCCUCCCCUAUCUGGUGCAUGCGAAGGCCAGCCAUGUUCACUCCUGUGAGUGGAACCCUGACGCUGUCGCUGCUUUACAGAAAAACCUGGAAGUAAACGGGGUGUCAGACCACUGCACCAUCCAUCAAGGAGACAACCGUCAAGUUCAGCUGUGUAAUAUCGCCGACCGUGUGAACUUGGGUCUCAUCCCGAGCUCUGAGGACGGCUGGCCCGUCGCAUGUCGGCUGCUGAAGAGAACGACUGGCGGCGUUUUGCACAUUCACCAGAACAUCACCUCUUCGUUACAGAACGGUGCUCCUCAAAAUGUUUCUGCAAAGAACGCUGACAGAGAGGUGUGGAAGGCCUGGGCCGAUGAUACUGCAAACCGAAUAGCUUCUCUUUUAAGGGACCUCACCGGUGCACCGUGGGUAAUAAAUAUUCAGCACAUAGAGCAUGUGAAGUCUUAUGCGCCUCAUGUGCACCAUGUUGUCCUGGAUCUGGACUGUAGACCUUUCUGAAUUAAAAUAGAAACAUAUUGUAAGAAAACAGUUUGAAAAUGUUCUUACUCUGGAAGAAAUAAACAUUUCCAGUGCAAACUCGCUCAGACACAACCGAAUUCUGCAAAGUUUAGAACCCUUUCAUUUAACCUGGGCAGGUGGACUUAGCACAUUCGCUGUCUCAGACUUACUCUUCCAGCUAAAAUGAGCUCCUCCCAAGGAAAGCUUCAAUCUUAUCUGCUGCUCCCCACAAAGCCUUCAUACAAAGACACAUCAUUGUUGGAAUAUUCACUGACUUUGCCACAAAUAUCUGAUGGCUGGUCUGCCAUCUGCAGACUGAGAUAUGACCAAUCCAUGUGUUGUUUACAGAAAGUACCCAAGCCUUUCCAAAUUCCAAUAAAGUUACAAAUAAAAGUUCAAAUAUUUAAGCAGAACUAGAAGUGAAGAUCUGUUAAAAACUCAGAAUUAUUUAGACAAUUUGUUUAUGUAUAUUUAAAAUAGUUUCCGGUAUCACUGACGAUUCAAAGACAAGCCCACCAAAAAGAAAGGAGAAUCAGCGGUGGUGGUUCCAUACUGAGGAUUCUCUGCAUGCUUUUAUUAGAGUGGAUAUAAUGUGAAUCACAUGGUGUGACCUUCACAAUAAUCCUAUCUGAGUUUGGUUGAGCAGAUAAAGGAGGAUUUGCUCCAAAAAAGGGAUUUUACUUCUCGAUGAUUAAGGUUUAUCUGCUGAAGCACAAAGUCGGGAUUGUUUCAAAGGAAGAACGAAGCUUUGUUGGCAUCUUUGUUUUUUAUUCGUCUGCAGGUGGACAGAAAUGUACAUAUUGUUUCUGGGUCUUAACUGAUGCAUUUGAGCUGUUGUUUUUCAGGGUGAAAUGGUUGUGGAAUAGGAAGAAUCAGGCGUAUUUUAUUGUGGAUUUUCUCUAAUCCAAACAGGGUCAGAAUUAUACAUACACACUGUAUUAUAAAGCACCACUAAUAUUUCGUCAAAUGUGCCCUAUCAAGUUGCACGUUGACCACGCACUUGUUGUACCAAUCAUAAACCUUCUGCCAUAGUUCUUUCCAGGACUCAACCACUCAUCUUAUUCAGAACGGUCAGCUUCAUUUAAAUUGGUUGUUGCUUGACUCCAACAUGGCUUUAAACCAAAGUUCAUACAUUUUCCAAAGGGUUCGGGUUACAGCCAGUCCAGAAUCUGAGUUUUAGCUUGAUUUAUGAAUUAUUUGGGAUCUUUGUCCUGUUGGUAGACUCUAGUGUGUCCAUGUUUUAACCAUCUAGCUGUUUAACUGAGAAUAUAAUCGAAAAAAUGUCUUUAUUUCAGUAACUCCCUGAGACAAAUUAUAUAGAUUUCUUACACAAGACUGAACAUUUAAAUCAUUUUUAUCUUAAUAUAAUUUUCCACUUACAGCUACUGAAAACACAUUUAUGAUUAGAAUAUUGAGGCACUUGAGACAACAUGUGUUGUGAAUUGGCGCUAUAUAAAUAAACUGAAUUUAAUUGUAUAUUACAUCAGAUCUAUAAAAAAAACUUUGAAAUGUGGGCCUAAUGAAAAGUAUGUUUAAAACCUGCUUCAAGGUAGUUUUCAAACUGUAGUUUUAAUCUGACAAAUCAGGCUCAUUGGAAAGCUUAUUUCUUAUUUAUUAAAUAACAGUAUUUAAUAAAUACUGUACCAGUACAAAUGAUAGCAAGAGACCCUUAGUAUGAUACUUCCACCACCAUGCCUCACUGUUGGUAUAGUGUUACUUGGUUUGAGCUUCACCUUGACUCCUGCAGACAUACUUUUUGUCAUUGUGGCCAAAAAUCUCAGUCCUUCUCAUACAACGACAAGACUUUUUCUCCUGAGCUCCAAAUGAGCUUAAUCAUUUCUGGUAAGAAAUAGCAAUGAAAUUGUGCCAGAAGCUCGUUAGCUGCUAGAUAAACCGUUGGGUUUUCCUGCAGCUUCCUACGAGGAUUUGUGCAACCAUGUCUUGCUUAAAAAAAAAAAGUGAAAUGUUUUAUAUCUAUCUUACUCUGGAAGAACAGUUCCAGAAAAUGUACAUGAUAUGCAUGUCAGUGAGGAUUGUUUAUAAACCUAUGGCCAGAACUGUUAUUGGCCGUUAAAGUGAGAAAAUGACAAAGUUUUCUACAUCUCUAAAUGACAAAGCCUUCGACUAUGUGUAAUCUAGAUAAACCUCACAAUUACUGUAAAGAUAUCUUAAUUAAAACAGAUCAUUUCAGUCCCACACAGAACCCAAAGCAUGAUUAGAUGAAAUUGGAUUAAAACAAAUGGUUUUAAAAGAGUUGCUGUAAUUUUCUUUGGCCCCAACUGAACGGUUUUAGUUUAUUGCAUUAAGAUUCUGUUAUUAAAAAGAUUUAACAAUGUUCUGAUUUUUUUAUAAUAUUGCAUAUUUUUACAAAACAGUGUAUAUUUAAUAAUAUUGCUGUUAAACUGCGAUUAAUAAAGUAUUUUUGAAUUGAA